UACAUUUACCUUUUCGAACCCACUAAUCUACAUAAUGUUGUGAUAUUGUCCAAUGUAGAUAAUGUUCCUUACCUAACUCAUGAUCCUCAAGCUUAUUUAAUUAACUAAAUUCGGACUAUUCCCAAUAAUCCUCAAGCUUUACUUUUAUUUAUUUAUGAUUAGUGUAGUUUACGAAGGAACUAACAAAGCAUAACAUAAUGAUUGCUUCAAAGGUGCACUAUAGAUUUAAGCUGUUGGAAGAGACACUGUACCUAACAGUCAACCUCAUCGAUAGAUUCUUAGCCGUUCAUUCAGUGGCGAAGAAGAAUCUCCAGCUAGAGGAGGUUUGCUUUCCUGGUAUGGAAGAUUUUAUUCAGAUAUCUGAGAAGGCCUUCGAAGUAAAAGAAAUUCUAAACAUGGAGACGUUGAUGUUGAACACCUUACAGUUCAAGCUGUCUGUUCCGACACCCUAUGUCUUCAUGAAGAGGUUUCUCAAAGCUGCUCAAUCUGACGAAGAGCUGGAGCUGCUGUCGUUCUUCCUGAUGGAGCUCUGUCUUUUGGAAAGUGUAAUGGUGAAGUAUAAACCUUCAUUACUGGCUGCUGCUGCUGUGUUCACUGCUCAAUGCACCAUUAAGGGCUUGAAAGAAUGGAGCAAAACCAGUGAAUGACACACUGAGUAUUCACAGGAACAACUUGUAGAGUGCUCAAGGCUGAUGGUGGGGUUCCAUCAGAAAGCAGGGACAGGAAAAUUGACUGGAGUUCAUAGGAAGUAUAGGACAUCCAAGUUUGGAUAUGCUGCGAGAAGUGAGCCAACAAGCUUUCUGUUGGAAGAUUAACAGGUUCAGGGAGAUUAUUCUUUGUGUGUGCAUAUGUGAAAGAAACAAAGUCUAUUCUUUUCAAUCAUCUU